AUGGAAAGAGCAAUACCAUCAUUAUCAUCAUCGUCAUUGCUGUCCAGCUCAUUGCCACCAAACUCAUUGUUUGCAUUGUUCAAUACAUUGUCAAUGAGCAAGGAGCAGCAACAACAUGGUGUGGGCGGUGGUUCGACUAAUAGCAGCAGUGUCACUCAACAGCAGUCGCAGCAACAGCAAUCACAGCAGCAUCAGGAUGCACCCAGCAUGAUGGACACCAAAGAGGAGGAUCGCGAGUGUGCCAACAUCAUCAUGGAGAUUGACAAGGGUAUCCGAUCGCCCAACCUCGGCGACCAAGUCGAAUCCAUCCUCUUCUACGCCCACCUCAUCAAGUACCACCCAACGCCUCUCGUCGUUACAUCCUCAAUAAUCAAACUUGCCGAUAUCUUUAGAACAAGCAACAACAUUGUCAAGUAUCGUAUACUAAAGGUGUUCCAAGAGUGUUCACAAGAGAUACAUAGAAUAUCAAACAUUGAUGAGGUGUUGAAGAGGAUACACAGUGUAAUACUGUCAAAUGAUACUGUGGCAAGAGCUUUGGCACUGCGUGUACUCGGCUCAGUGCCACUGUUGAUUGCCGACAAGCUGUAUAUACAUCAUAGUAUUCGAUCAUGCAUGCAGACUCACGAUCAGGUCGAGGCCAAUGCUAACUACUUCAUCAUGGACAAGCUGUGCGAGAUCUCUCCAUUGUUCUCUGACAGCAUCAUUGAGAAGAUCAACUCGAUCAUCCAGGCCAUUGAAACACCGCCCCUCACCAAACUCAAGUACACACGACUGUUCCGCCACAUGCAUCACAAUCAUCUGAUAUCCAACCAGUCCCGCGCCAUGUUGAUUGGUCUUCUCGACCUCUAUCCCUCUGUUGUGCCAGUGACCCUCAUCCUUGACACAAUGACAGAGUUGGCAUCAAAGCAUCUACUCCAUGUUAACGAUCAUAUCACAUUCCUUAUGAACUACGUUCUCCAAGACCCUCGACUAAAGGUCAAAGUGACAGGACUCAAGUGCUUGCAGCGCUUGGCAAAGAUGUCACCUCACUCAAUCUUCCCAUUCAACGAUAUCUUUGGACUUUUGGAUGAUGAUCAGGUCAGUGAUACGAUCAAGUAUCAUUGUUUGUUACUACUGUCACAUCUGUCAUCGAUACAAUACAAGUCAAUACUGGACGACAAACAGAAAUAUACCAUCACACUAAUGCAGUUCACAACGCAUGACAAUAGCAUGCUCUCUGAUCGAUCCGUUGAGAUAAUCACCAACCUACUCCUGGAGGAUCAAUCAAACGAUCAAUCACUUGUCCUCCAAUUCAUUGAGAGGAUAUGUCAUAUAUUGCGCGACAAGUAUUCAACGAAUACAUCAUCAUCACUCUCCAAACACUCCAAGACAUUGUCUUCGAUCAUUAAGUUGUUGAGACAAUAUCCUUCAUACUCUGGCGCAGUCACAAGUACGAUCAUCUCACUCUUUGGCAAGGUGUCAGAUGACACUAUAGAGCACCUCAUUCAUUGCAUAUCGAUAUAUAUCCCAUUCUCCAAGUCAUCCAUGCAUCCACACUUUGACAAGAUCAUAUCAUUCUUGGGCGAGACUGUAUCUCAACAAGGAAAUCCAAAGAUUAUUGUGUCGAUGAUCAUCUCGAUAUUUAGAUCAUACGAUGAACACAUACAGUUGAUGACUGAUGUUGUUGAUGCAUUGCUGCCACAGAUUGAAGCCAUCUGUCAAUUGCCAAACAUGCAAUGGUGUACAUAUCAGCUGGCACAACAUGCUCAGAAACAUGGAUUUCAUCUUGUAGCUGCAACUAUUUACAGACACCUUUUGACCAAGGUGUCAUCAGAGUAUAACUACUUCUGGUUGAAAUCACUACUGAGCUUUGUAACAAUCGAGCACAACAUUAGUAGUAAUGGUAGCAGAAGAGGCUCCAACAUAUUGGACCCAAUGGACACUGGCACUGGCACUGGCAGUGGAGUUCCAAGCAUGUCGUCACUCUUGACACAACUCAACACUACCCUCAUCUCUUUAAAGGCCAGCAGUAUUCAAGAGAGAUCUCUGUCAUUCCAAGAGAACUUUAUCACAUUGCGAGAGCGAUACCUGUAUAAUCUACUUAACAUCAAGCUACUGUUGAGCCAAUACUUUACAUUGUCCAACAUCACACCACGUGCAUCGACACUGCUGCAGAGCAGGAUACAAUCAUUCCAAACCAUGUCGAAGCAAUACUCUCAACUCAUGCCACUGAGCCAUUCAACUCGCCAAUCAUUGCAGCGUCAACAACAGCCAGAUCACAAUCAUCAUUGGAACGAAUCGAGGAGUAUAAUGGAAUGCUACAGUAUCGCUUUAACCUGUUUGGAGCAAUCAGCAGUGGGAAGAGCAUUGAGAGAUACCCGUUGUAUCGAAUGUGCAAGUUCAUCUAUCAACAACAUCAGUCUCAAGACUCCUCCUCCAGUGAUCAUAUCCAAUUCCUCUGCAAUUCCAUUGACCUCCUGA